AUGUGAUACGGAACCUUUUGCAUUGACCGCAGUGCUGCGGAACUAUUUUGAUAAAGUACCGGAAAUGGUAGGGGUGACAUUAGAUUUAUGAAUGAACGCGAAGAAUGAGGAUGAUGGCAAAGUUGGGCUGUCGGUUGCUUCUCCAGCGGGGAGCACAGCUCAUUUCUCCACGGGCAGCUGCUGAAAGCCCCGUCCAGCUGUUGGGUUGUGUCAGGACUGUGAUGAAAGCGACGUUUUUCGAAGAGCACCUUACAGAGGACAACCAGAAGUACUUGAGAAACCUCACGGCAGAGGAAUUCAGGAAACAGACAGCCGAGAAGCUCAACCCUCUCAGAGAUGAGCCCUGGCCGCGACAGGACUGGACAGAAGGAAGUCGCCGAGUUGGGUUAGUUGCUGUCAAGUUGGGGAUGGCUCCUAUCUGGACUAAAACAGGAGAAAGACACGCAGUCACACUAUUGCAGGUGCAAGAUUGCCACGUAAUAAAGUGUCUCCCCAAAGAAGAGUUUGAUGGACGCGCUGCUGCUCUUGUAGUAGGAGGGAAGAACGUGUCACCGUUCCAUAAGUCAGAGGAAGAAAUGGAGAUGUUCAGGAAUGCAGGAGUUCCCCCUAAACAGAAAGUCAGCGUCUUUAGAGUGUCUGACAACGCGAUCAUUAAACCAGGCACUCCUCUGUAUGCAGCACAUUUCCGUCCGGGCCAAUACGUAGACGUCACAGCUAAAUCCAUCGGUAAAGGUUUCCAAGGUGUGAUGAAGCGAUGGGGAUUCAAAGGUCAGCCAGCCAGCCACGGUCAAACCAAAACUCACCGCAGACCAGGAGCUUCUGGACCAGGAGGGGAUCCAGCCAAAGUUUUCAAAGGAAAGAAGAUGCCUGGCAGGAUGGGCAACACGUACAUCACGGCUCACGGACUAAAGGUGUGGAGGGUGAACACCAAGUACAACGUGCUGUACGUUCACGGCACCGUCCCCGGUCACCGGAACUGCGUCCUGAAGGUGAGUGACACGGUACUCCCAACUAGACGCUCUACUCUGCUCAACCCGCCGUUCCCCACCUACUUCACCGAAGAGGAGGGCGACCUGGAUGAAGAUUUGUACGAUGACAACUUGUUCGUUCACACAGAGCCGUCCGUGGCGCUGACCUGACCUGCUUGUAACGACGCGUUUUAAUGCUUUAAUAAAGAAUUACUCCUGGA